AUGGCCAACAGUACCAGAGACGAUGAUUACAACUAUAUGAAAAUCGUGGAUGCUAUGGCUUCCAUAAAUCAACGGGUCAAUCUCAUUGGUAUUGUCACAGAGGCUAGCCUUCCAAAACAUUCCAACGGCACCGAUUAUUUUUGUUCCAUAAAAUUGAUUGAUGAAUCGCGAACGAGUCCUGGGAUUGCGGUAACAUUUUUUGCUGAAACUAUGGAGAAGCUUCCUCAUAUUGAGUCCAUUGGAGACAUAAUUAUACUGACUCGUGUCACGAUGAAAGCACAUUCUUCCGACGUCUAUGCUACGUACCUGAAGAAAUAUUCUUCAUUUGCUUUGUUUGAAGGGAAACACAAUAGUCGUAAUAUUGUGCCUUACCAAGCUUCGCCAAAUUUUCGAGGUAGGGAGCAAGAUAAACCAUUCGUCGCCAAGUUAAGAGAAUCUCAAAAAAUUGAAGCAGACUUGAACGAUUUGUCGCCACUGAAAGAGAUGAAGGAGGGUGAGCACAUCAAUUUGCUUUGCAAGGUUUUGCAUGUUUGUGAAGUUACAAAGGAUGACUGGAUGCUCUUUGUUUGGGAUGGAACAGACACACCACCUGCAUCUAUUGAAGCUAAACUAGAAAAUGAAAUGGAAGAUCCACUUCCUUUACAGUUGGAAGCCUCUCCUUUAUCAAGAGAUACGUUAUGUACCUUCCCUCCUGUUGGAACUGUCUUGAGAAUGGUCACUGAUCGAGGCAACAAGAAGUUUGGCAUUAACUUCCUGAAACCAAAUAAAUGGGUGAAAGUUGUCCAAGUAAAAUGUGACGUUCAUGCUGGAUUAUGGCGUGCUGUGCUAAUGCCCUCAUCUAUGGUUUACUAUUUGCCAAAUAACGACCUCAUAUUACAGCGUGAAAGAUCUUAUAAUGAGCGCGUGACAUCAAAAUUCAAACGGAUGCCAUUGUCAUGCUUUCCCGGGCCUUCUCCUAUAACAGAUACUGAUUAUAUUGACGUGCCUUUUGUGACUCUGAUGAAUGUUCUCACCCAUCCAGAGGUGACAUUCAAAUUUAAUUGCGUAGUCCGGGUUGUUGCAUCAUUUCCAUGGCGGGUUGAAGACUUCUGCAACCCCCAGGGGAUUUAUAGGGUCAGGUUGACUCUAGAGGAUCCCACUGCCAGAAUCUAUGCUUUUCUGUACGCUGAGGAUGGGGUGCAGUUUUUUGGAAGUCAUAACACAGUUGAUGAACUGAUGAAGAAGAUGAAUGCAUUACUUGGCAUUACUGAAGGUGAUGGUUGCCGGAAGGCCACUUCUAGGAAUCCACCAUGGGUUCAGUGUUGCUUGAAAUCUUAUUAUAUCGACAAAACUGAUAUCUGGGGAAGUAGGAAUUAUCGGAUCUUUGCCACUACAUUCGUUGGCUGA